GGGGCGCUGCGGACGGGAAUUUCCUGCCCCCCCCCCUUUACGCCGCGGUUGCACGCUGGGAAAGUCGGGCCGCGGGCCCGGCCGCCGGUCACGUGACCCGGGCGGAAGCGAGGAGACUGGAAGCUUUGAAGAGUCCCCAAACUUUGCUGCCUGCCCCCCUGCUUCCACAGGCGGGGCUCCACACCCAGCCCUGCACAGCCCCUCCACUGAGACCUGCCCCUGAACCCUCUGCAGCCUCAGCCCCACAUCUUGUGACCCCAUCCAGGAGACCCAAGUCAGACCAACCCCUGAGACACCAUGGCAUUCCCCAUGGGCAUCCCUCUCUAUACCAUCAUUGUGGAAGACGAGGAGGAGGAGGAGGAGCAGCAACGCAUGGAGGCAAAGAGAAUAAGGCAGCACGGCAAAAGGCACCAUCCUACCAGGUACUACCCUCCGCAGCGUAUCUACAGGCAGCGCCGGUCCUUUGAGGACCUCUCGGAGGAGCUCUGUAUUCGACGAGUGCGGUUGUCCAAGGGUGCCAUUGCCAAUCUGUGCGACUUCCUCCGCGAAGACCUUCAGCCACACUCCACUGCCAGGACGGCGUUGUCCGUCGAAAUGAAAGUCACCACCGCCCUGAACUUCUUUGGCACCGGGUCGUUUCAGGGGGCGACGGGGAACAUGUGCAACAUCAGUCAGGGGGCAGUGAGGGCGGCCAUUCAACAGGUCACAGAUGUGCUCUUCAACAAAGCUGCAGGGUUCAUCAACUUUGGCAUUACACCCAGGCAGCAGAGGGAAAGAGCCAAGGACUUCUGCUGCAUUGCUGGAUUCCCCAAGGUGCAGGGCGUUAUAGGAGGCACACACGUAGCACUGAAGGCACCUGCAGAGCAGCCGCUUAUAUUCGUGAACAGAAAGGGGUUCCACUCUCUGAACGUUCAGAUCGUCUGUGACGCCCACCAGAAAAUCCUGUACGUGAAUGCCAAGCAUGCAGGCAGCUGUCACGACGCCGUGAUUGUACAGCACUCAACACUCCCCGACCUCUUCCACGAAGACAACCACGUGCAGGGCUGGCUUCUUGGAGACCAGGCGUACGCACUGCAGACGUGGCUCAUGCCUCCACUGAGCCGACCGAGAACGCAGGCCGAGGAGGCGUACAACCAGGCCCAGGCGGCAACGAGAGCCGUGGUGGAGAGGGCCAUAAGACUGUUGAAAAGCAGGUUUCGUUGCCUGGACAGAUCAAGCGGAGCUCUGCAGUACACGCCCCAGAGGGUCGCAAGAAUUGUCAUAGCCUGCUGCGUGUUGCACAAUUUUGCACUACAGGAGGGCCACCUAUUCAACAUCGACGACGAGGAGCCACUGCUGCCGGAGGAGAGGGAACUGCAGGCCCCAGCGCUGGAAGAGGAUGACCAGGAGGAUUCAUCCCUGGAUGUGGCAAGGGCUAUCCAAAAGCAGAUUGUGCAGGAAGAGUUCAGUCACUGAUGGUGAACUGCAGUAUCCCCCUUCAGUGCCAGAAAGCGAGCGUCCUUCAAACCACUACCGAACUUAGCACGUGACUGCUGAGCAGCCCACAAUGCCCAAAUAGCACUGUGACAAUAUUUAUCACCUGAGGACAAAUGUUCACACCAGUUGAAUGUUCCCUUUCUUGAAUGACCUUAAUAUUCAUGAAUAACGGAACACAAAGUGUACAGUAAUAAAAACAUGUUUUUCAGUUGAAGCAAAAUAACAUCAUGCUUGUUAUUUGGAAUCUGAUUCAUCCUUGUGGCAAAGUGUCACUGUCUCAUUCAUCUGUUACGGUUUGUAUGUGCCACCCUAGAAUCAGGCUGGCAGGCGAAGGGUGGCAGCCGUCCCAUGCAGAUAAGCUGUGGGUUUCGACCCAUCACUGCUGACUCACUGGGACCACUGCUGCUUGCUUCUCCAAAGGGAGCUCUGGGCAGCCUAUUUCCCACUGACACCCUCUGCAGAUAGUGCAACAUGAGGAGGACUGGCAAAUGUUGCUGCUCUGACAGAAUUCUGCAUUGGGCAGGCAGACUUCAGUUGUUUUCUGGAACUCAACUUUUAGAAUGUAAGCAUUGGAACUUGCACCAGCCCACAUGUGACUUUCCCAGGAAACCUGCAAGAAGUUAACCUUGUUGGUGAACUGUAACCUUCUGAUGCAACAGUCAUUAGGAAUUUCAUUGUCUUAUUUGCAUUGUUUAUGGGAAUUAGACAGUUUGCAAACUGCUCUUUCAACAGCAUUAGUAAAUGUAGAUUCAUUGUUUAUAUAAUUAAAGACAAUUUCUAUUAAGUCGUAAAGCUAAGUGUUUUGCAAAUGUAAAGAUGCCUCCUAUUACCAUUCAGGAGGAGUAUCAUGUGAUGAAUUUCACAUUGACUCCAGUGGGCACAGAUGACCGUAGUGAAUGAUCUAAUCUGUUACUCAUCUCUGAGCUAACUUGAUAUGGGCUCAACAGCAAAGUACUUUGUGUAAAGCCCACAAAUUUUCACCUAUUGUUAAUAGAUAUUAAUUAUGUUAUCUGUGCUACAUGUAAAUUUUUAAACAUUGCAUCAAUUGUCUGCAAACUGUGUCCCACAUAUUGACUGUGCAGAGCCCAACAGAUGGUGUUUGGAAAUUUCUAAGUCUUCUCUAGUCCAUUGUUAACCUGGAUCCUGUGGCGGUACUCUCACCUGUCUGUCAGUCAUCAUGGAUCAAAUCCCACUCAAAGACAAAAGCACAUAACUUGGGCCAAAAUUCAUGUGGAGUAUUAAAGCAGUACUGCACUGCAGGAGAUUGGUUUUUUAGGUGGAAAGUCACAGCAGUGUCCUUCCUGCUACCUCACUGGACAUGCUUUUAUGCAAAGCAGAGGUGGGAAGUCAAUAUUUUCCCCUUGAUUAACACUAUCAAAUCUGAUUAUCCACUUACUUAUCUCAUGGUGUUAUGUGGAAUGGAUUGCACUGUGCACAAAUUGCUGUGUAAACUUGCAUUUCAAUAGUAUUAUACUUCACUGAUAUCAAGGUGUUUCAGAUAACCUGAGGGUGUUAAUGGUGUAAAUUAAGUACACAUCCUUUUCUUCGUUCUUUUGCACACUGGCAUUAGAAUGGAAUCACUUUGUGAUUGCACUUUGGGUCAGUGAAGCGAUUACACUUCAAACCAGUACUCUGCUUAUUAACAGGUGGGUAUUUAAAGCUGAAAAAGAAGUUAAAGUUAGUUGUACUUUAUCAAAACUUUUCCCUCAAGAAAGUGAUUACCAUGCUCUGAAUUUCUGUUGAUUAUUUUCUGUUUUUCAGAAUUGUCAUUUUUGAUUUUGUUUUCGUAUUCCCCUACAGAGGCUCCUGACGUAGUAACUUCUGAGCUCAAAAUUUACAGAUGUAUACUAGCAGUGCAAUAUUCCUAAUGAAUCUGUAUAUGUGAAUGAUUCCCGUGCUGCUUCCUGCUGUUCCAGAGGGCCAUUCUUUCUGUGACACCUUGUCGCACUCCUCCUCUUACUGAGCAACUGCAAGAAUCGCAUUACCUGAUGGUUCACCUCCAUUCAGAGCCCGAGUAGCUCCUUCACCGAGAGACAAUAAUUCACACACAUUAUUCGACUCAUUUACAGAUUGGCUGCACGUGGUAGGUUCUCCUCAUUUUGGAGAGGUCAAAGCUCUGUUUUGUUACGGCUUUCUUCAUUAAAUUCCUUCCCAUUCUCAUCCUUGACCUCUGCAGUCCACCUGAUACCGUCUAUCCUGUUCCCCAAACGCCAUGUGGUCUAUCCAUUGACAUCACUGACUUUAAACUUCGGGUAGGUCUUCAUUUAAAAAAAAUUACAGAAAUUGAUAGAAAUUCUUGAUAGACCUGUGUAUUUCAGGUGAGAUUACAGACCUGGAAUGAUAUCUUUCUCUCCACAGAUACUGCCUGACCUGCUGCGUAUUUCCAGCACGUUCUGUUUUUAUUUCAGAUUUCCAUUGUUCAGAGUAUCUUGGUUUUGUUUUCUUCAUUAAUAAACCUAUUUUUAUCAUAUGUGAACCCCACUCCCCCAGCUCCAUCAUUUCCCUCUUCCUCAGCUCUUUGCAUUCCAUUUCUUCCUACAAUGUAGUUUAUUUGUUCAGCAGUUUUGCUGCUGUUGUAGCUGUACUUUCACUUCCUCUCUUUGUUUGUAUACUUUCACCCUUGAAUGCACUUGGACUGCUGGAUAAUGUUCAGAAUCCCAGGGGAAUUUCUGUACCUUUGCUACAGCACAGAAUUUCUGCUUGCAUAUAUUUUCCUCCUUCCAAGAGUUCCAACAGACCACAAUCAGCGAGGAUAGACAGCAACACCUCCAGCACGAUUAUUCUCAACACUGGUGCCCCACAAGGCUGCGUCCUCAGCCCUCUUACUCCCUAUACACUCAUGACCGCGUGACCAGAUUCUGCUCUAACUCCAUGUACAAGUUUGCAGAUGAUACCAACGUAGUGGGCCGUAUCUCAAAUAACGAUGAGUCAGAGUACAGGAAGGAGAUAGAGAGCUUAGUGGAAUGGUGUCAUGACAACAACCUUUCCCUCAAUGUCAGCAAAACAAAAGAGCUGGUCACUGACUUCAGGAAAGGUUGCGAUGUACAUGCACCUGUCUACAUCAACAGUGCUGAGAUCGAGAGGGUUGACAGCUUCAAGUUCCUUGGAGUGAACAUCUCCAAUAGCCUGUCCUGGUCCAACCACAUUGAUGCCACGGCAAAGUAAGCUCACCAGCACCUUUACUUCCACAGGAGGCUAAAGAAACUUGGCAUGUCCCCUUUGACACCAACUUUUAUCGAUGCACCAUAGAAAGCAUCCUAUCUGGAUGCAUCAUAGCUUGCUAUGGCAACUGCUCUGCCCGGGACUGCAAGGAACUGCAGAGAGUUGUGGACACAGCCCAGCACAUCACAGAAACCAGCCUCCCCUCCAUGAACUCAGUCUAUACCUCUCGCUGCCUUGGUGAAGCAACCAGCAUAAUCAAAUACUCCAUCCACCUGGGUCAUUCUCUCUUCUCUCCCAUCAGGCAGAAGGUACAGGAGCCUGAGGGCAAAUUCCACUGUGAUAAGACUAUUGAACAGUUCCCUUAUAUGAUGAGGUGGACUCUUGUCCUCACAAUCUACCUUGUUAUGACCUUGCACCUUAUUGUCUACCUGCACUGCACUUCCCUGUGGCUGUGACACUUUACUCUGUAUUCUGUUAUUGUUUUACCCAGUACUACCUCAAUGCACAGUGUAAUGAAUUGAUCUGUACGAAUGGUAUGUAAGACAAGUUUUUGACUGUACCUUGG